CGCUGUCUUCAAUGAGAAACCGGCGAGCAAGCUUGGUACAGAGCUAGCUAGCUGCCUAAUGCAGUUAUAAGGGAUAAUGAAUUAACCAUCCAGCCACUGAAUAAUUUUCAAAUAAGCAGAUAUUGGGUUUUCGACUGUUAACAGUGUUUUGUCUUGAGCAACUUCUGUAAGUAACGUUACAAUCAAAGAUAAAGAUGUCUGUGGUUGGAUUCGACGUUGGUUUUUUGAACUGCUAUAUUGCAGUAGCCCGAGCUGGAGGUAUUGAGACGGUAGCUAACGAUUACAGCGACCGAUGCACUCCAGCAUUUGUGUCCUUUGGCCCACGAAAUCGCUCCAUCGGUGCUGCCGCAAAAAGCCAGAUUGUUACCAACUGUAAGAAUACGGUCCAAGGCUUUAAGCGGUUCCAUGGCAGGGCCUUUUCAGAUCCAUUUGUUCAGAAUAUCAAAUCCAGCCUGGUUUAUGACAUUGCUCAGAUGCCAACAGGGACAACUGGCAUUAAGGUUAUGUACAUGGAAGAGGAGAAGGUCUUCAGUAUUGAACAGAUUACUGCCAUGCUGCUGACCAAGAUGAAAGAGACUGCUGAGAGUGCUCUGAAAAAGCCUGUAGCAGACUGUGUUAUAUCUAUCCCAGGUUACUACACUGAUGCUGAAAGGAGGUCUGUAAUAGAUGCAGCACAAAUUGCUGGCCUGAAUUGCUUGCGACUCAUGAAUGAAACCACUGCAGUUUCUUUGGCGUACGGUAUCUAUAAACAGGACCUGCCCAACCCUGAAGAGAAGCCCAGAACUGUGGUGUUUGUGGACCUGGGGCAUUCUGGCUACCAAGUGUCUGUGUGUGCUUUCAACAAGGGCAAACUGAAGGUCCUAGCAACGGCCUUCGACCCACAGCUUGGAGGCAAGGACUUUGAUGAGAUGCUGGUGAAGCACUUCUGUGAGGAAUUUGCUAAAAAGUACAAGCUGGAUGUGAGGUCGAAGCCAAGGGCCUUGGUGCGCCUCUAUCAGGAGUGUGAGAAACUGAAGAAGCUGAUGAGUGCCAAUGCUUCCGACCUCCCACUCAACAUUGAGUGCUUUAUGAAUGACAUUGAUGUCUCCGCCAAGUUAAACAGGGCUCAGUUUGAAGAAAUGUGCACAGACCUUCUUAACAAAGUGGAGGCCCCCCUGAGAAGUUUAUUGGAGCAAGCAAACCUGAAGAACGAGGACAUAAAUGCGGUGGAAAUCGUGGGCGGAGCCUCCAGAAUCCCCUCUGUCAAAGAGCGAAUCAGCAAAUUCUUCGGAAAGGAGCUGAGCACCACUCUAAAUGCAGACGAGGCGGUGGCCAGAGGAUGUGCAUUACAGUGCGCUAUCUUGUCUCCUGCUUUCAAAGUCCGUGAGUUCUCCAUCACUGACGUGGUUACCUACCCGAUCUCUCUUAAAUGGAACUCUGCUGCAGAGGAAGGAGUGAGUGAUUGUGAAGUGUUCCCAAAGAACCACGCCGCCCCGUUCUCCAAAGUGUUGACCUUCUACCGAAAGGAGCCUUUCUCCCUUGAGGCUUACUACAACUGCCCCAAGGAUAUGCCUUAUCCAGACCCCACAAUAGGCCAGUAUGUGAUCCAGAAGGUGGUCCCUCAGGCCACAGGUGAGAGUUCAAAGGUUAAGGUUAAAGUGCGCAUCAAUGUCCACGGCAUCUUCAGCGUGUCCAGUGCGUCACUGGUGGAGGUGCAGAAGUCGGAUGAGGCAGAAGAGCCGAUGGAGACGGAACAGCCCGGCAGUGAAAAAGAGGAAGAGAGCAAAAUGCAGACUGAUCCUGAAGACUCAAAAGCCCAAGGUGAUAGCCAGUCUGAGAACGGAGAGAAGAAACCUGAAACUGAUGAAAUGGAGACUUCACCAGCAGAGGAGGGAAAACAGGAGAAGAAGUCCGACCAGCCACCACAGGCCAAGAAGCCCAAAGUCAAGACAAAAAUACACGAGCUUCCCAUUGAGAACAGUCCACAAUGGCAGCUGGCGAAUGAUAUGCUGAACCUUUUUGUCGAAAACGAGGGUAAGAUGAUAAUGCAGGACAAGUUGGAGAAAGAACGCAAUGAUGCAAAGAACAGUGUGGAGGAGUAUGUUUACGACAUGAGAGACAAGCUCCAUGGCAUGUACGAGAAGUUCAUCAGUGAAAGCGAUCGGGAUGCUUUCUCCCUGAAGCUGGAAGACACAGAGAAUUGGUUGUAUGAGGAGGGAGAAGACCAGUCAAAACAGGUGUACAUCGACAAGCUGGCAGAUCUUAAGAAACUCGGUCAGCCUGUUCAAGACCGAUACCAUGAAGCUGAGAUGCGACCGAAAGCAUUUGAGGAGCUCGGCAAACAGAUUCAGCAGUAUUUGAAGAUCAUUGAAGCCUACAAAACUAAGGAAGAGCAGUAUGACCAUCUGGAUGAGGCUGAAGUCAAUAAAGCAGACAAGUUUGUUGGGGAGGCCAUGAUCUGGAUGAACAGCAAAAUGAACCAGCAGAGUAAGCAGAGCCUGUCUGCGGACCCUGCUGUGAAGAUCACAGAAAUACAAUCAAAAACAAAGGAAUUGUACUCUUCUUGUAAUUCAAUUUUGACCAAACCCAAGCCAAAAGUGGAGGUACCCAAGGACGACAAGACUCCCGAGCAGAAUGGACCAGUCAACGGGCAGGAGGCUAGCGAGACCCAGCAACCCGGCUCCGAAAAUCCGAGCACCGAAGGCACAGAGUCGGCGGAAAGCAAACCUGACAUGGACCUUGACUGAAGCUGGAUUCCUUUUCUCUCUCUUCUUCAUGUUUCCCCAGAAAUGUUGCUCUUUAGUCAUUCCACCAUAACCAUGCUUCGGGUCGUUUUGGCAAUCUGAGAAAUUAUGGCCACCUGUGCAUGUACUUUUUUUUUCAUUUGGGAAAAAAGUGAAAGCAUAAUGCAAUAAGCCUGGUUAUUGACAAAGUGGUAUUCAUACUGGCGUUUCUUUUGUGAGCUUAAACUGUUGAGGUCUGUGUCGAACUUUCGUUUUAAUAAAUAUUGACCUUAAAAAUAA